AUUUUAUUAUCAUUAUUAUGUAUCAUAUGAUGAUCGUUCGAUCACAUAUUUCUUUGACAAAAAAAACAAAAACAUUUUUUUUUUGCAAAACCCCAUCACUAAAUUGACAAUCGUUUCAUUUUUGUUAUCAUUCUAAAAAUGGCAACAAACAUUGACAUAAGAUAGAAUUGACAUUAUCAAAAAAAGAAAAAUUAAUUUUAACAUUAUCAACCACGAAAACGAAAAAAAAUGUUAGAUAAAAAUAAUGAAGAAGAAGAAGAGCAUCAACCUUUGUUCAAAAACCUUGAUAAUAAUAGUGACCAUAUUGGAAAUCUGAAUAAAAAUCUAAAUAAAUCAUUCUGUUGUGGUCAUUUCAAUCGCUAUAAUCAUCAUCAUCAUUCAUCGUUAUGGUGGUGGUGGUGGCGACGGUGGAAAAAUCUUUUCAACAUUCGUUCAAUGCCGGCAAUUCCAAUGCGUCGUUUGAUAAUCAAAACAAUACGGUUUUUAUUUUUGGUCAUUUUGAUGGUCACUGUUAUUAUUAAUAUUCUAUUCAUUAUUGAAACUCGUAAUCGUCUUCAACAACAACAACAGCAACAAUCAUUGCCAAAUAUUGAUGAUGGUCAUUUCAUUAAUUCAUUGUAUGAUAAUCAUUCAAAUGAUUUCAAUAACAACAACAAUAAUAAUCAACAAAUAAUCAAAUUGGAUAUUAUAUCUAGUCAAAAUCGUGCUAUGGUUACAGUCGAUGGAACUAUUAUUUUAGACGAUUCUGAAGAUGGAAAAAAUCGUGGAAUACAUAUACUUGUAUUGAAUCAAAUGACCGGAUCAAUAAUGGCUAGACGUCAUUUUGAUACAUAUUCAACACAUGAAGAUGAAGCAAUGUCAUUAUUUAUUAGUAUGGUAUCCGAUGGACGAAUACUUAUAUUUGCUAUUAAAGAUGAGGGUAGUUUUCAAUUGAAAAAAACUGCACGUGAUUUUCUAACUAGAUUAGGAUCAAAACGUGCACAAGAUAUUGGUUGGCGUGAUAUGUGGACAAUGGUCAUUCAAAAACGUUUAUUAACACGGCAACAUUCAAAUACUGAUCCUUUAUUAGGUGAAUCAUAUUCAAAAUGUAUUGAUUUUAAUUCAUGGGCACAACCAGCUAUACUUCAUGUUGAUUUAGAACUAUAUCCAUCCGAAAUAAAUGAUGAUUGUAAAUGGACAACAACAACACCAUCAACAUUGUUUAAUAAAUUAUUAAGAAAUUUUUUACCAUCAUCAAUAUCAACUGAAUCGAAUAUGAUUGAUGAAGUAAAAAGUAUAUCAUCAAAUUUUGUUUUUCUUACCGAUGAUAAUGAAACAAAAGAACGACGAAAACAUUUUUGUUCACGUAUUGAAGGUUAUGGUUCGGUUUGUAGUUGUAAUGAUCCAUUACCAUUACGUUUUGUUUCCAAUUAUGAUCCAAUGGCUAAAAUAUCACAAGUUCCGAUAGCUAUUAUUGCUUCGAAUCGUCCACAUUAUCUUUAUCGAAUGUUACGAACAUUAUUGCUGACGCCUGGCUGUAAUCCAUCAAUGAUAACAAUUUUUAUCGAUGGUUAUUAUGAAGAACCGUUAGAAGUAGCAAAAUUAUUUGGCCUUCGUGGUAUACAACAUACACCAAUUGGUCGAGGCAAUUCAAGAAUUACACAACAUUAUAAAGCUAGUCUAACGGCUACAUUCAAUCUUUAUCCAGAUGCACAAUAUGCUAUUAUUUUGGAAGAAGAUUUGGAUGUUUCACCGGAUUUUUUUGGAUAUUUUGCACAAACAAUGCAUCUACUUGAUCAAGAUGAUACAUUAUUCUGUAUUUCAGCUUGGAAUGAUCAAGCAUAUGAACAUACAUCAAGUGAUACAAGUUUACUUUAUCGUGUUGAAACAAUGCCCGGUUUAGGUUGGAUGUUAACACGUAAAUUAUAUAAAAAUGAAUUAGAAUCUAAAUGGCCUACACCGGAUAAAUCAUGGGAUUGGGAUAUGUGGAUGAGAUUAUCCGAUAUACGACGUGGUCGUGAAUGUAUUGUACCUGAUGUAUCACGUACAUAUCAUUUUGGUUCAUCUGGUUUAAAUAUGAAUUCAUAUUUUCAGGAUAUGUAUUUUAAAAAACAUGCAUUCAAUACAAAUCCAAGUGUUUUGUUGAAAAAUGUUGAUCUAUUGAAAAGAGAAAACUAUGAACGUCUAAUCAAUCGAUUGAUUCGUAUGGCUGUAAUUAUUGAUCAUCGAAAAGGUCCUUGUGACUCGAAUUUUCUUAAAACAACAACAACAACAACCAUCAAUGUAGCGAAAAAUCUUACCCAAAAUCAAUCAUCAUCACCAACAUUACAGUCAAUGAUGAUGGAUACGACAAAUAUCUAUCUGAUAUUUAUUCGUAUGACAAAUGUUAAUGAUUAUAAUACAUGGCUUCAAAUGGCAAAAUGUUUACAUAUAUGGGAUCUAGAUGCUCGUGGCUAUCAUAAUGGAAUGUGGCGUUUACAUUAUUAUCAUUCACAUUUGAUUAUAAUAGGUGUGCCUUAUUCACCUUAUAGCGUUUUUAAACCACCACAUAUUGUGCCUUUAUCAUUAUUGUCCAAAUCAUCAUCAUCAUCAUCAUUAUCGCCAAUACGAACAAAAUAAAAUCAAAUAAUUGAUCCGAUUGAAACAAUUCUUACAUUUUAAUUGAUUUAUUUUUUUCCUAUUGGAUGCUAUUUCUAUACAUGAAUCAUUCAGAGAGAGAGAAAAAAAU